GGCGGGGCGGGGCGCGGCAGCUGUAGUGCGAACCAUGGGAGGCGGCUGGUGGUGGGCUCGGGCCGCCCGCCUGGCCCGGCUCCGCUUUCGUGGGGCGCUGCUGCCGCCUCCGCGGCCCCGGAGCGGGGGCGCCAGAGGAUCAUUCGCCCCCGGCCACGGCUCCCGCGCCGCGACUUCGCCGCCCCCUGUGUCCGAGCUGGACCGCGCGGACGCCUGGCUCCUCCGAAAGGCGCAUGAGACAGCCUUCCUCUCCUGGUUCCGCAACGGCCUCCUGGCAUCGGGCAUCGGGGUCAUCUCCUUCAUGCAGAGUGACAUGGGCCAGGAGGCAGCCUAUGGCUUCUUCCUUCUGGGCGGCCUGUGUGUGGUGUGGGGAGGUGCCUCCUACGUGGUGGGCCUCGCAGCGCUGCGGGGACCCAUGCAGCUAUCGCUGGGGGGUGCAGCCACAGGCGUUGGGGCCGUGCUGGCCGCAGGCCUGCUCUGGGCUUGUGCUGUUGGCCUCUACAUGGGCCAGCUGGAGCUGGAUGUGGAACUGGUGCCCGAGGACGAUGGGACGGCCACCGCAGAAGGCCCGGAUGAAGCGGGCCGGCCACCUCCGGAGUGAGCAGCAGGGUGGUGGGGAAUGGCCAGGUGCUGGACGGCCUGGGCAGAGGACCGGGACAUUAAAGACUGACCAUUCCCUGCUGCAUA